AUGGAUAAACGUAUAGAAUUGGAAUUACGAGGCCGGGAUCCAUCUGACGUAACCGAACUAAACCUUGAUAAUUGUCGGGCGACUGCUGUUAGCGGUCUUACAGAGGAUUUCAAGAGUUUGGAAACACUAUCAAUGAUCAAUGUUGGAUUAACUUCGUUAAAAGGUUUGCCACCACUACCUUCUCUUCAACGAUUGGAUUUAUCGGAAAAUCGGAUUUCCGGUAACCUGGAUCAGCUAUUAUGUUGUCCGCAUAUAGAAUACCUCAAUUUGGCCGGUAACAAAAUUAGCACACUGGAAAUUUUGGAACCGCUGAAAAAACUUGGGGAAUUGAGGUCACUGGAUCUUUUUGGUUGUGAAUUAGCUACAUUUGAUGACUACAGGAAAAAUGUCUUCGAGGCGUUACCCAAUCUGAAAUAUCUCGAUGGUUAUGACAUCAAUGAUGAGGAAGCAGAAUCCGACAGUGAAAUCCUGCAGGAAGGCGGUGAUGAUGAAGAUGACGAUGAUGGUGUUGGUGAUGGAUUGGACGAUACUGAUAACGAUGAUGAGGGUAAUGAUGAUGAAGAGGAUUCUGAUGUUGGUUUGGAUUAUCUGCAGAGCUCCACUGUGAUGCAGGAUGAAGAUGAGACGGAAGAUUUCGCUCCAGGUGAUGAAGAAGAAACAGAUGAAGCAGGCAGUCCACGGGGUGUGAAACGGAAACAUGAAGAGGAUGAUGAUGAUGAUGAUGAAAACGACAGAGAUACAAAACGAGAAGCGUAG